CCAAAUGUUGGCACCGCCUUAUUAACAUUUCAGCAGAAUGUUAAGUUACUACCGUUACUGUUAACUAAACAGCUGAUGAUUGUCUGCCGAGCCGCUCAAUUGAAAUUAGUUUUGAGGAAUUUAUUUGUUUGCAAUGGAGCUGCCUCCGCGUAUUGUUUAUGUGUGUAGUCUGUGCUUGCGGCAAUAUGAUUUACUGGAGGAUCUGCGUGGCCACAUGAUGUUAUACCACAAGUGUGAGCCAAUCAAAUCAACGUCCAGGCAAGGCUCGUUGCCAAAGCAAAAUGCCAAGAAAACGGAGUCUCAGGAUCAAAAUGAAGAGUCCUUGACGCCGCCACCCCUGCCAUUUAGAGACUUUCGGGUGGUGCUGCAUGCAAAUCAGCAAUUGCCUUGCGAUGCCAGCAGCACCUGCAUCUAUAAAUUUGAGGACAUCCAAAAGCUGGCAAUGCACGGCAAGUGCCACAAGGACGCCGGCUUCAGUUGCAGCGAGUGCGGUGCCGAUAUGCCCAACUGGCGACGCUGCUCCCUACAUCUGUGGAAGGUGCAUCAAUUGGAUGUCGAUCUGCUGCAAUGUCCCGCAAUCGGCUGCGACUAUAAGUCGCCCAUCUCGGCGCUCGUCUGGCGGCACAUGCGUGUGCACAGGCGAUGGCGCGCCAGGGUCAUGCGGCGCGAGCUGCUCCUGCGUCGGCGAGCCCAGAAGCAACAGCAGGAGGAGGAGCAGCAGCAGCAGCAGCGCGAGGCGACAGCGUCGCAAGCUCAGCCACAGGCUGCCACAGCCAAGAAGAACAAAUAUUAUGCGGAGAAAACCUGCGAGAUUUGUCAACGCAAAUUCGUCAAUGGCAAAACACUCUCCAAGCACGUGAAGACUGUGCACAACAAGAUAAAACCCUUUAUUUGCAAUGUCUGCGGCAAGAAGACAGCGCGCAAGGCUAGCCUAAUAAUACACAUGCGCCAGCACACGGGCGAAAAGCCGCUGAAGUGUGAGCAUUGCAAGUUCUCCACGCGUGAUCCCAGCUCGCUUUACAAGCAUCGCCAGCGACAUGGGAAUCAGGCAGCUCUUCCAAAUCCCAGAAUGGACAGCCAAAUGUAGGACAAGGAACUGCAGCUAUAUUUAAGUAGUAAGCGUUAAACAGAUUUGAUUUGAAUUUAAAUGUUCAUUUAUUGAGUUUACGUUUUGUCCAUUUAAUGUUAAUAUCAUUUUAGAAUCUGAUAUGAUUUUGGUUUUUUUUUGUUUUGUUUUUUUGUAUUUUUUUUUACAACAUUUUAAUUUAGCUUAUGUUGGUUUAAGUUUUUGUUUAGUUACGGGUUUAUCUUUCUUUUGGUUUUUAACUUUUUAUUUUUAAGUUUAAACUAGUUUUUUUUUUAUUUUAAAAAUCUAACCUUAUGUGGUCUUUGCAAUUUUUGACGCUCUUCCGCGUUUUCUGGUAAUUUGCCUCAGUCCAUUUUAAUGAGAUCGGCGCACACAUAUAUAUAUAUAUAUAUAUAUGUGUGUAUAUGUGUGUUUAUAUAUAUUUAAUUGUAUUUGCCUAAUUGUAUAUAACUGAUCAAUCUAAAUAAUUAGUUCAAUUAUGAUUGCGUUUGUAUGUUUAAUUUAAUUGAAUUGAAUUUAAUUUAUUAAGUACUUUUUCUUGAAAUUGUUUUCAAUCAAUAAUCCAACGAUUCCGAUCUCCAAGAAUCGUAGAUAUAUAUGCGUGUAUGUGUGUAUGAAGUAUUCUCUACUAGUUGCUCAAAAUCGUUUCAAAUGAAAUAUGUUUUUGUAUUUUUGUUUUUUAUUGUCUGCGUUUGAUUUGAACAUCAAAACGUUUUUCGUUUUCCACUAUUUUCGAGUGUAUUUAACAUAGGCAUCAUCUGUUUUCAGUUAUAGAUAAAUCUUGAAUAUGUUUGAUAAAUAAAACGCGAUGUGUAAAAUUGUUAAA